AUGGGGGCUCAUCAACAGGACGACAUUGUCGAAAGCGCUCCGAGAGUGGAGGACACUCGGGAUUUUGCGGAAGAUGAGAAGCCUGUGCUUAAUCAUGGCGGUCAUGGACCUACGCAGCGACGGCUGAAGGACUACCACAUCACCUGGAUUGGUCUUUGCAGUGGCAUUGGAACCGGUCUUUUCAUCGGAGCAGGAUCUGCCUAUGCCACAGCCGGUCCAGCAGGUCUGCUGUUGGCGUACAUUGUCGUCGGUUCUGUGCUCUGGUGUGUCAUGCAGAGCAUCUCAGAGCUGGCCACGCUGCUUCCCACGGCUGGUUCAUUUCCUCACUGGGCUACCCGCUUCAUUGAUCCCGCUGUCGGCUUCUCCCUGGCAAUCUCCUAUGGCUAUUGCUACACCAUCGCUCUCGCCUCAGAAUGCUCAGCUGCUGCAGUCCUCGUGGGCUACUGGACAGAUCUCAACCCUGCUGUUGUAAUCACAGUCAGUCUCGUUCUGAUUCUCGCCAUCAAUCUCAUGAACGUGCGCUUCUUCGGAGAAACGGAAGUGGUCGCUGGUGCCAUCAAGGUUCUCUGCUUCAUCGGCCUCGUCAUCGUCGCCAUUGUCAUCACAGCCGGAGGAGGUCCCAACCACGAGGCCAUUGGUUUCCGGUAUUGGCGUGAUCCUGGUGCAUGGGUGAACUACAACGGCAUCACUGGCUCUGCCGGUCACUUUCUGGGCUUCCUCUCAGCGUUUGUCAAUGCUUCAUUCUCAUUUGUAAGCGUUGAGACGGUUGUCAUUACUGCUGCCGAGUCUGUCAACCCACACAAGUCGAUCCCCAAGGCGGCGAACCGAGUCACAUAUCGAAUCGGUUUCUUCUAUAUCCUCGGAGCCUUUUUGAUUGGAUUGAUUGUCGAUCCUCGAAAUGCAGACCUCGUCUCUGGCACCGGAAACGCCAACAGCUCGCCCUGGGUCAUCGCUAUCCGAGAGGCUGGCAUCACCGCCCUCCCCUCCAUCGUCAACGCCUGUAUCUUGGUGUCUGCCUGGUCAGCUGGCAGUUCAUACUGCUGGGUAGGAUCCCGUAUCAUUCUCGCCAUGACGACGGACAGGCAGCUUCCGCAGUUCUUUGGCCGCACGACAUCGAGCGGUGUCCCCUGGGUUGCAGUCCUUGCUUCCUGGCUCUUUGGGCCUCUGGCGUAUCUCAGUCUUGGUAGCGGCGGUGCCGCCCAAGCUUUCACCUGGCUUCUCAACCUCAGCACAGUCGCUGGUCUCAUCGCUUGGGGAACGCUCUGUGUCUGCUACAUUCGCUUCCACCGUGCCCUCAAGGUCCAGGGUGUCAGUCGUGACACUUUGCCGUGGAAGGCUCCAUGGAUGCCUUACACGGCCUGGUAUGGAGCUAUCGGAUCGAUCAUUAUCACGCUGGUGGCUGGGUUCCCCGUCUUCCUUAAGGGGAACUGGUCCACCACUGAUUUCAUCGCUUCUUAUAUCGGCAUUCCUAUAUUUAUUAUUCCAAUUAUUGGAUGGAAGAUUGCGUUCGGUACCAAGUUUGUUCGGGCCAAGGAUAUCGAUGUGUGGUCUGGUCGUCUCCCCCAUGAUUGGGUUCCUCAUGACGCAGCGAGUCAUGAUACGAGCGACAAGGCUAUCCAAUCUGUUGCAUAG